GGCCAUUUUGGGUAGGUUGUUCAACGACAAGUCGAGCCGUUAUUACCCUGCGCUAAACACUCCGGUGGAACCGAACAAAACAUUUGACAAAUCAUCGUUAAAUAUGGGUCCGCCGGGAGACAAACCACGCCGUGUGUCGACUGAAAGAACGGAGGAUUUCAGUUGGUUUGUCAAUUUAUCUUGACAUGGCAUGCAGGGUUGGUGGUUGUGACGACUGAAGAAAAGAAGCACGAACGAGCCGCAGAUCAUACCUCGAAACUUCAGCUCGUGAAACCGAUUGUGACAAAUUGUUAUUCUGUUGUUGGCAAUAUAUCUGAUUUUCUCGACGAGAUUGUCAGAAAAAAUGACAAAGAAUGAAAAUAUCUUCUGAAAUGCUGACGUCGAGCAACAACAGUUAGCCAGUCAUCCGUGCAAGUCUGUCGACAUCGCAUACCAAGCCAUAUUGAACAAGGCAGAAAAUGUAAACGAAAGAUGACUGUUCGCUAGCUAGCCAGACGUGUAUAGGCCUCAGUCACGCCAAGUAGUUUGAAGAUACAAUGUAGCUAGCCAGCUGGGUCACUAACUAGUUAGUGUUGAAAGUGUAUGUCUAGACUAGCUAGCUAGCUCAACUUGGCUAGUCAGCUAAAUACGCCGUCAUCAUGAGUAUCGACAAUGGCAGCCUAGGCCAAGGGCCAAUUGAAUGGCAGUAAAAACCCGAAAUGUCAAGCUACUGUGUAGACUUCAAUGUUGUUAUCCGGUGCCAACGUCUCCUGGCAUCUACAUUUACCUGCCAUGGUUGUCUGUACCCCCAACCAUUCAGUAACACGUUCAUAACGCGUUCUCUUCAGAGAAAUAAACAAACAGCAAGCCAUGGACGACUUUUUGAGAGGAACCCAAUAGAGGAUUUGUCAGCUUGCUAGUUUGUGUAUUCUAUUUCACUAGCAAGGAAAAGUUAUAGUGUUAAUAUGGGUUUUGAUAGUAGUUAUCAUUUUUGUUGCUGUCAGUAACAAAGGAAAAGUGCAACUAAAUGUAAUUUGUUGUUUUCAGUUAAAACUUCUCUGUAGCCCGGUGGCUAGUGACUUGUUAAAUUAAAGUUCAAUUGGCCUUUAUGCGUUAACAACAUGGUCUCUUAAGGAACUUGAAGAGAAAUGUAGUCAGUAACAGAUCAAACACCCCUUCCUGCGCAUAUUCCCUUAAAAAAAAAUUGAAAUGACUUAGAUGGAUUUUUCAUUUGUUUAUUUUUUCAGUUGGUAGUUUGUGGGUAUUUUGAUGAGCUUGCAUUACAUUAGAUAUAGGCUAUUGUUUCAACAAAGUAGCUAGCUAUAUCGUUCUAAAUUAAAGACAAAACUGAAAAUUAUAGUCAAAUAUUCUGGAAAAAGACCACUACCAUCAAAAUCUAACCAUGGGGGACCCAAUCUCACGAAGAAAUCAUACUAGGAAUCGACUCCGUGCUCAGCUUCGGAAGAAAAGGGAAUCUUUGGCAGACCAGUUUGACUUCAAGAUCUACAUAGCCUUUGUGUUCAAAGAGAAGAAAAAGAAGUCUGCACUUUUUGAGGUUGCCGAAGUGGUUCCGGUGAUGACCAACAACUAUGAAGAGAACAUCCUCAGAGGUGUGCAGGACUCCAGCUACUCCCUGGAGAGCUCCAUAGAGCUCCUGCAAAAAGACGUUGUGCAGUUGCACGCUCCGCGAUACCAGUCUAUGCGUAGGGAUGUCAUUGGUUGCACUCAGGAGAUGGACUUCAUCCUUUGGCCGCGCAAUGACAUCGAGAAGAUAGUCUGCCUCCUGUUCUCCAGAUGGAAGGGGGCGGACGACGAGCCCUACAGGCCUGUUCAGGCCAAGUUUGAAUUUCAUCACGGAGACUACGAGAAGCAGUUGUUGCACGCUGCGGGACGCAAGGACAAGGCUGGGAUGGUGAUGAACAACCCGGCGCAGUCUGUGUUCCUCUUCAUGGAUAGACAGCACUUACAGACUCCAAAAACCAAGGCCACAGUUUUCAAGUUGUGCAGCCUAUGCCUGUACUUGCCCCAGGACCAGCUGACCUGCUGGGGGGUGGGAAACAUAGAGGACCACCUGCGUCCGUACAUGCCAGACUAGGGGCCUCCUUCACCCAGCCACACAGGGAAGACUCCCUUGCUAACCUCCCCCCACCCCCAAGCUACUGAAGCAAGUUUAUCUCAUCUCCAUUCUUCCAUUUAAUAGAAUUGAACUUGCGCUUGGAUCCCUCUUUUGGUUGUUUUACCACUAGUUUCCAUCCUCCCGAUGCUGAUUUUUCCAUCCCGUUUGUUUGGUGUACCCAACCCAAACCACCUCCUCGUACCAAUUCCUUCUGGGAUUUGUUUCUCCUUUUUUCCUACCUCCCUUCCCCCCCCCCCCCCCCUCAUCCAUUCAUCUGUUUUUGGUUUAUCUGAACCUGCACAAACAUUGAUUUGAGUGGUUGGUUGUUCUCUUGGAGCUGUGCUGUAAACAAAACCAGUCACCGAAGGAACUCUUUAUGUUGCAUCAAAACAGGAACAAACACAGGUCGUCACUCUGCUCCUAUGGUGGACUCUCUCUCUUGUCCAUGUUGUCAUACAGGAUUGUCAAAGCAUCACUGUAAUGUUUUAAGGAGGGGAAAUGGGUUGGAAAUUUACAGUUUGUGCAAUCUGAAAAGUCUUGGGGACAGAUGAGCAUAGGCGUCAAAACUCCUGUGUAGCAGACAUAAACAAGAUGAAAAAUAUUUGUCAAGAAUCAUUUGGUGUAGGUAUCGCUUCCUUACGCUUUAACCGCCUUCGUUUUUGCUGGACAUUUUAGAAUGUUUAUUUUGGGUGUCAUUGCUUUACUAUGAGACAAACCAUGCAGAGCUUUGGUAAGAUCUAUGAAUGACUUGAUGGGACAGUUUCGUCUAAGGUGUGAUGCAGACCUAGUGGUUGAAAUAUGUUGGUUUAGAUUCUGAAGGUUGUUACAAGUCAUUCAUGUAGUAAACAUUCAAGCUACUGAAAUCAGAUGGGUUCAUUUGUUUAUAGUUUAAUUUUUCUGGGUGUGGGUUUAUGGGGAAUUGAUUACAGAGGAACUAAUACCUAAAGCUAAUGUACCUAACAAUGGAACAAAGGUUGUUGAGAUAAUUAAUGGGUUUUUGGAUUGUUCUAUUCCAUAAUUAGAAAGCCAGAAAACAUUCUAAAAUAAGAACUAAUUGUUGCAGUGCAAAUGUCAAUGGGUGUGUGAGUCACAGGUCAGCACAUUUUAAUUUUGCUUUUUUGAUUAAACAUGUUCGAUUGAAGGGUUAA